UUAUUGAAUUGAGGAUUAUCGGGAGUGUCUUUCGUUAUUUCUGCGCGGGUGGAAACUAGAAACAGGCGAUCAGAAAGCCAGAAUGGCGGCCGUGUCCCUGAUAUGUGGCUUGUUGUGACCAUGUAUUGCAAACAAGCUGUGGCAGUCCUCCUGUACUCUGUAAACUAACAACUGCUCUGCAUUUCUAUACUUCAAAAAACAAAGUUACUUGCAAAAGGCCAGAAAUGGGGCGCAAAAAACAGCAUCAGAACAAGUCAGCUGCUGAAGGGAAAGACCGGAGGCAUCGAAUGAAAGGAAAAUCACUGGAAAUGUUUACAGAUGAGAUGCACGAGGCCUUGCAAGCAAGCAUCCAGCAUGAUGGAGCUAGAGAUGGAGAGGAGCCAAAAGUGAAAUUUCCAUGUGCACUAGCCAUGUGGGAACUAGGCCAUUGCGAUCCCAACAAAUGCACCGGGAGGAAGUUGGUUCGGAAAGGACUGGUUUGUAACCUGAAACUGAAUCAGAGAUUUAAUGGACUCAUCCUUAGUCCCAUGGGUACAAAAUAUGUUUCCCCUUGUGACAGGGAAAUUGUGACCCAAAGUGGUGUAGCUGUUAUUGACUGCUCCUGGGCAAAAUUGGAGGUAACCCCUUUUAACAAAAUGAGAGGAAGCCAUCCUAGGCUUUUGCCAUACUUGGUAGCAGCCAACCCAGUUAAUUAUGGCCGACCUUGCAAGCUGUCCUGUGUUGAAGCAUUUGCUGCAACCUUUUGCAUUGUAGGAUUUCAAGAUCUUGCUGUCAUUUUGUUACGGAAGUUUAAAUGGGGAAAAGUGUUCUUGGACCUGAAUAAGUGUUUGCUGGAAAAGUAUGCCGCUUGCCAUAGCGAGGAGGAAGUGCUGAAUGUGGAGAGGGAGUAUUUGGCAUCCAAACCUGAAGAGGAAGAUGUUGAUCCAUUUGAUGUUGAUUCUGGAAGAUUGUGUUCUAACCCCAACCGACCCACAUGGGCAAAUGAACAGGACGAUGAUAGUGAGGCGGAGUUGGAUAAGACUGAAGAUGACAGUGAUGAAGACGCUGGAGAUGCACCUGAAAAUCACAAAGAAACAUGUGAGAGUGAAAAUGAUGAUGAAGAUGAAACGGGGGACAACAGUCCGGUUCCUAAUCCACAGCAGAUUUGGAAAGGGGCAAAGAAAAGAAUUAGGAACUAAAGAGCUAUUAGAAAGUUCUCUCCUCGGGGAGUGUCACAUUAACAGUAAAUUCUGUAAGAUGCAGCAUAGCAAUGGCUCCACAUUAAUUCUUGGGUGAAUUAGAAUUUGUAGCAAGUCUAUAUUCUGUGUUAUGUUACCUAGUAAACAAAGAUAUACAUCAAAUAUGGCAAAGGCACAAAAAUGUAUCAAUACUGUGUCAACUGAAGGAUUUUCUGUAAAUAAAAUGUUAUUUGUAAACUAUGAAAGUAAACUUUUAAAUAAAGCAAAUCAUAUGUUCAGUAA